CGCUUUAAAUAUCGAUGAGAAACAGCACAAAAACCUCGUGAAAUUGUGGCAUAAUAAUCACGUGAUUCGUGUGUUAACAAAAAUACCAGUCAUACACUGUGUUUUUCGAAAUACUGACAACUCGGACGGUCGCAAAAAGCCGCAUCUCACUAUUUGAGCGGACGACUUGGUUUUAGUCCUGUCGGGAAUGUCGAAAUCGGAAACAAACCACGCUGUCAUGUAUCGGGUUUUCCUUGCAGCAUAUCUAUCCACGUUAGUCUGCGGGACAACUUUCCCUUCCGGUUCCGGUAACGUGACCCUCGCUCCCGCCUCCUCAAUAGCUGUCAUCCAGAUGAUUGACAAUACGGGGGCGGUGACUAAGGAGGCGACGACCAAUGAUAACGUUAGGCUCAGAAUUAAGACUUUUACUUCGACUGAAUACGCCUCUCCCCUGGUGGACAGAUGUUGGUAUGGACCGCUGAGUGUGUCUGUGGAGGACAGAGGGAAAACCAAACUGACCACUAUCGCCAAGAAAGGAUGCGGAACUGCCUGGCCGUUAAAGGCGGAGAAAGAGGGGUUUCUCGACAACGGCCCCCACGAAUUGCUGACGUCACUGUUCUCGCUGUCGCCUCUAAACCAAACGGAAUUCUCGUACACGGAGUUCACCUGCGAGAUUGUCAUCUGCGGUCGAGAUCAGAAUUGCUCGCUUACAUGCCCGCACAAACGCGAUGGUGAUUUCCGGGAGGUGCCGGAUGCACGUCAUGUGAACGUCUCGACCGUCAUCUACGUACAGAAGGUCGCUGCGACCCCUAAACCGACCUCUGAACGAUCUGACGGGGUCAUAAUUGGACCGGAACUCGCGGGGAAACAAGAAGAGGCUAGAUCUACCGACCGGAAGUCGUUCCUUGAGGAGAACCAGCCAUAUUUCCUGUUGGCAACCCUGGGCUCUGUGACGCUAACGCUGAUAUGCUCCCUGUUCCUGGGCUACAAGUACAUCGCCAACGCCAACCGGAAGAGAGCCAACAACAAGAAAGCCGAGCUUGUGUCACGUGACCAAACUGACGUCAAAAGUCACGUGGUCAGUCCCCCGCCCGUCUAUUCGAAGGAAGGUAUUUGGAUGACCCCAGAAUCACGUCUGCCUGAACCUCGGUAUCAAGGGGAAGAGGAGCGGUACAUGCUGGUCCAUCCGGUAAAGACGCCUCGCCCUUAUGACGACAGAUGUGAAGUCAUGAUUCGUUCGCCACCUGGCGGUGAGCUGUUCCCAGAAGCUAGAGUGCACGGCCGGUCCCCUGUCUCGCUAAACUCCGAUGGGCACCAGCGUAUUCGAAGCCGGGGAACAGACGAGAUAGUGGGCGCGGCCUUGAAGGAAUACUUCGAGAAUCGUGGGCUGAAUCUUUGACAUUAUUAUUUGUUACAGCGUCCAGGCAUCACAUGUGUAUAUGUUUGUUUGCAGAGGAAUGAUAACAAAGGGGAAACAUAAUUUCUCGUAAGUGUCGACUCAAACGUAAAGGCAUGUCAUAUGUUUGCAGAUAAAAAAUAAACAAAAUAUGAACAUGAA